AUGGCAGGCCUUGAGACAGUCUAUGCCGUUCACACCUUCGAGCCCGAAAGUCAAGACGAAAUAGCAUUCUCCGUUGGCGAGCCGAUCAUUGUGCUUGAAAAAGACGAAGGUUACAAUGACGGCUGGUGGCAGGGUCGCAAUGUGCGAGGUGAAAUUGGGCUGUUUCCCAUGAACUAUACGUCGUAUCAACAACAAUACAACGCACCGACACUGUCACUGGACAAAAAAAUUAAUUCGCUCGAAGACGCCAUAUCGAGAAUCCAGCUGACGACCUCGAACAGCAACCUCACGCAACUCCCCACACCAUCCACCUCUGCGUCCACUAGAAAAUCACGGGACCACCUACCUCGUGCAAGUUCCAUGUCCUCCUUGAAUUCAACCCAAUCUCAUUCUGCGCCCGCACGGUCCUUGACAACAGCGACCAAGAACGUCCAAAAGACGCUGGCUGCUGCUCUCACCUUGCCCAAUCUCAGGAACACCUCGCCAGAAGAUUGGGACGUUGAUCAAGUCGCUGCCUGGCUAGAUGUCAUGGGCUUUGAGAGUGUCGCAGGAAACUUCAAAACCCAAGAGAUCACUGGCGAUAUCUUGCUUGAAUUGACAAUCGAUUCUCUCAAGGAACUUGAUGUGAACACAUUUGGUAAACGAUUCAAGAUCCACAGCGCAAUCAAUGCUUUACGUGAAGGCAUCUCGCGCCGCCAUCCAUCAUCCAAACAGUCGGUUACUGGGCUAGAGGACUUGGACAACGACUACGCAUCCAAUUACAGCUCCCGGCCCAUGUCGCCAAGCGCAGAGACCGAUUUCGACUCUGUAACCACCAUGUCGGAAGACCAGCCACGUACAGGUCGCUUAUACUCUAUGGACACGAUUGAUUCAACUCGUUCUCGACAGGAACCUCCAGGACGCAUGAGUGUAGGGCGCAAGAAUGUACCCCGCGCUGCAUCAGUGAUGGUCCAACAACAGCAGCAGCAGCAGCAACAACAACAAAACAUCCAUCGCUCAGAAUCCGGGAUGAAACGCAAAACGUAUGCCGUUCCAGAGCACGGGAUCGCACGACAAAACUCGACUGCCAAGCCACGGUACGAUCAUGCACGCAAUUCGUUUUCCCCGACAUCGAAACCGCAGACCGUCCUGCCAGUUGCAUCGCGUGCAUCCAUGGACAGUCUUGCACAUCGGGCUGCCUUGCCGGAUGUGACCCCCGAUAUGGAAGGAUGGCUCAACAAGCAAGGAGACAAGUACAAGACUUGGAAUAAGCGCUGGUUCGUUCUGAAAGGACCCAAUCUCUUUUACUUCAAGUCCCCCAAGGAUGUUCGCAUGAAAGGAAUCAUCAAUCUGCGUGGAUAUAGGAUCAUCUGUGAUGAAACCAUCUACUCUGGCAAAUAUUGCUUCAAAGCACAGCAUGAGCGAGAACGCACCUUUUACUUCUAUACCGAUUCUGAAGCAGUCAUGAAAGCAUGGAUCAAAACCCUGAUGAAGGCUACAAUUGCACGCGACUAUGGAGCACCGGUUCUUUCAUCCAGCACAAUACCCACCGUUUCGCUCGACAUGGCCCGUCGCAUGAAACCUCGUCCUCCAUCCAUGAUCCUGUACAAAAAGGAGAACAGACCACAGUCGCCCAGUCUCGAAUCAAUCGAUAGCCGACCGUUUUCACUGACCUACCAUCCACAUCAAGAUGCACAGCCAAUCAGCCGGAUAUCCUUUGACGAGCAACCUUCACAGCGCCCAUCCAUGUCUCGUUUAAAUAGUGGCGACUUGUCGGCUCCGCAGAACCGCGAGUCUGGGAUCACUGACUAUGACGACAACACACCUUCUCUCUCACUUGCUGAGAGCAAACAAGAGCUGCAAGAUUCUGGGUUCGAUAGCACGCAUGGUCCUAUUUCCUCGGUACUGCUAAGUCCACCAAGCAGCAACAACAACAACAACAACGCAACACCACCUAUUGUACGCUAUGCACCGGAUGAUGACGACGAAGACUUGAUUGAUCCUCAGCACGGUGAUGUGAUGGCGAGCAACCGACCUGGCGGGUUGAAGCGGUUAACCGAAGAGAGUCAUAUCAGCACAUCCGUGCAGUCGAUAUGGAGUACGUCGGACUACGUUGACUGGGUGCAGCAACAGGUGGACCGCAAGGUAGCCAAUCUGAACGAUUUUCGAUCAGGUGAGCUGCUCAUUGAGUUGCUCGAGGGCUUGAGCGGUAAAGACGUCCGUCGACCUCAUCCUACCAAUAAUGCUCCAGCGAACAUGCAAAUACUGGAUAAUAUUGUUGCUGCUUUCAAAUUCAUGGGUCGGGAAGGCGUCGAAGUUGAUGGCCGGUAUACGAUCAAGGAUGUGUUCGGAGGAAACGAGCCCAAGAUCAAGGAAAUGCUGGACGCGAUCAAAAUGUGGUCGGAUACGGCACAUAAUGAAAAGAAAGCAAGUGGUGGCACUUUUGGUGAGCGCGAGCAGCUCAAGGCCCUGGAUUAG